AUGUCCGGGGGCCCCGCGUCUGGGCCGCAGUGCCAAGCUUUGGCGGUGCGGCCCUGCCGUCCGCUGCGCAAGCCACGCGUUCCCCGGGAGCUGGUGGAAGGAGCCUCGGCGAUUGCCGGCCACGCCCGGCGGACAGCAUGGGCAGAUGGCCUUUACCUGCUGGAUGACCUGGCCUUCCGCGGGCUCCAGCCCGACCAGGUGGCACGAAGCGCCGCCAUGGCGGGUGUGAGCCGUGGCGGUGUUUGGGGCCAUUCCCUGGUGCUGCUGAGCUUCCUGUGGCGCGACAAGCUGGAGGUGGACAUUAAGAGCUACAGCUCUGUGUUCAUCGGCAUCACUGCCGCUGCUCGAUGGGGUGAUGGUCUUCACCUGCUGGAGGAGCUGCGCUGGCGAGCGCGGCCAGAAGACAUUGUCGUGGUUAACAGUGGCGUGAGCUGUUUCGAGAAAGCCGGCCAUUGGCAGGGGGCCCUGAGGCUUCUUCGGCACACUGCUGCGGCUUGGAGGCUGCAACCGGACCUGGUGAGCUUCAACGCCGCUUGCUCUGCCUGCGAGAAGGGCGGCCGCUGGCGGCUGGCUUUGUGGCUCCUCACCGAGGCGAAGGAGGUCAAGCUUCAGCCGGACGUCGUCAGCGUUGCCGCCUGCAUCAGUGCCACAGAGAAAUGCUCUCAAUGGGCACCGGCGUUGACGCUGCUGCAGAGCAUGGGCUCCGAGGCGAUGGAGACCAGUGUCGUCGGGCACAACGCAGCGGUGAGUGCCUGCGAGAAGGGCUACGAGUGGGUGCGGGCCCUCGCAGUCUUGGACGCGCUUCACCGCUCGGCGGAGGAGCCCGGUGUGGUGUCCUACGCAGCCGCCACCUCUGCUUGCGAGAAGCGGCGACGCUGGGAGGUGGCGUUCCAGCUCGCGCUGGAGCUGGAGGCUUUGGGCGGAGCCCAGAACGUUGUCCUGCGAGGAAGCCUUGUCAGUGCCUGUGAGAAGGAUCGCCGCUGGGAGGAGGGCAUGUUGCUUCUGCAGGCAUUCCGCCCCUGGCGUGUAAGCCAGCAGGAGAUUGGCUUCGCUUCAGCAACCUCGGCCUGCGAGAAAGCCAAGCGCUGGCGUCAGGCGUUGGACCUGGUGCGGUAUAUGCAUCAGUGCGGGUUGCAGCCUUACAUCUUCACUGUCAACGCGGGGCUGAGCGCCCUUGAGAAGGCCGCGCGCUGGGCUCGGGGCCUGGCGCUCUUCGAUGACCUCAGGUGCUGGUCCCUGGAGGCUACUGAGACGACGUGCUCUGCGCUGAUGAGUGCAUGCGAGAAGGCCCGUCGCCUGCCAGCUGCUCUGGGCCUGCUGCAGCUCGCACGGUCAGGGGGAUGGCUGCCGCGGCCUGGCGUGAUCCACUACAAUUCGGCUCUGGCACUGUGCGGUGGCACCGGCGCAUGGGAGCUGGCUCUGGCGCUGCUGGCGAGCCUGGAGGAAGCGGCAUUGGCCCCGAGCACGGUGAGCCUGGAGCCUGUAGCCGCAGUCCUCGAGUCACAGGAGCAACUGGCCUUCCUUCCCAGGCUGCUCGAACGCACCAAUGCUUUGGGCACCCAAGCUGUGCUCCACAGGGUUGCUGAGGUUCAGCGCCGGCACCGGCGGAGCAUUGAUCGGCCUCAAAAAGCAGCAGGGGGACAUCCGAGAUGCUCCAUUUCCCCAACUUUCCUCUUCUCGAAACAAUGA